AUGUCGUCGUCGGGCCAGAUCACACCGGCAGAAGAAGUCUGCUACGUGCACUGCAACUUCUGCAACACCGUACUCGCGGUGAGUGUCCCUGGGAACAGCAUGCUCAACAUCGUGACAGUCCGGUGCGGGCACUGCACAAACCUACUUUCGGUGAGCCUGAGAGGGCAGAUGCACUCACCGGUCCCUCCUGCGGCACAGGUCCAGGAGAGCAGCCUGAGCAAGCCCAAUGGCAGCAACGGCUUCAUUCGUGACCACGGCAGCGCCUACAAUAGCCCGGAGUUUGCUUCGUCUUCUUCUUCAUCGUCGUCCAAAUUCCGGAUGCCGACGAUGAUGUUCUCAUCGCAAAACGAUCUGCUGCAGGAGCAAACGCUGCACGCACGUCCUCCUGAGAAGAGGCAGCGUGUUCCUUCGGCGUACAACAGAUUCAUCAAGGAAGAGAUACGAAGGAUCAAAGCAAACAACCCCGACAUUAGCCACAGGGAAGCUUUCAGCACUGCCGCAAAGAACUGGGCACAUUAUCCAAACAUCCAUUUCGGUCUAAACCCCGAGCGCGACGGUGGCAAGAGGCUCGCCGUCGACGAUGCCGCGCCGGCUGCCAAGAAGAUCCAAGGUUUCUGUUCAUAG